AUGCGACAAAAUAUACAGGCCUUUGAGAGGGACUACGUUGUCGUAAAACCUCGGAAAUAUACCAAGGAGCGUUUUUACGAAGGGUUUAUGGGCCUUGACCCGGCAGCAUUAAAAAAGAAAUUUUUUGACAUGUAUAGUUUUAAUUUGUUGGAAAGCUCAAAAAUUGGACUUGAAAGAAAAAUACCGGACAAUAGACCUCAAAAGUGUUUCACACUGCAGUAUCCAGUGAUCUUACCUUCAGCAAGCGUUAUAAUCAUAUUUCACAACGAAGCAUGGUCGACUUUACUCCGCACCAUUCAUAGUGUUCUCUCGAGAUCGCCGCCUGCGUUUCUGAGACAAAUCAUUUUAGUGGAUGAUUGCAGCGACAUUGAUGACGGCUUCGGGCACUUGGGAUCGAAACUAGACAAAUAUCUAGAAACCUUGCCCAAGAUCCACUUGUUGAGAUCUCCCCGACGCGAGGGGAUCGUGGCAGCUCGAAUGCGCGGGGCAAGUCUGUCCCGAGGGGAUGUGCUGGUGUUUCUUGACUCACAUUGCGAGGUGAAUAAAGGAUGGCUGGAGCCAAUGCUUGCCAGGAUAGCUGAGGAUAAGACACAUGUAGUUACACCUGACAUUGAGGUGAUUGAUUUCGAAACAUUCAAAUAUGCGGAGAGACAUGACCCAAGCAUUGGGGUAUUUAACUGGGAGAUGCUGUUUAAAUGGCGUAAAAUGGAUGCGUUUGAAAAGCUUACAGAAAUCCAAGGGCUACCUUUGAGGUCACCGACUAUGGCAGGAGGUCUGUUUGCAGUGUCUAAAACGUUCUUUUACGACUUGGGAACUUAUGAUACGAAGAUGUCAUACUGGGGAAGCGAAAACCUGGAACUUUCGUUUAGGAUAUGGAUGUGUGGUGGCACGAUAGAAAUUAUGCCUUGUUCAAAAGUUGGUCAUGUCUUUCGUGACACAAUGCCGUAUAAGACGGGGCCGGGAACAGCAGAAAGGAACAUCAAGCGUCUAGUUGAGGUUUGGCUAGACGAUUACAAAUCAUUUGUGUAUUCAAUGAAGUCGCAGCAUUUUCGGGACAUGGACGUCGGCGAUCUAACGGAGCGACACGAAUUGAGAAAAAGAUUGCAAUGCAAGAGUUUCUCUUGGUAUCUUCAGAAUGUCAUUCCUGAUUUACGUAUCCCCGAUAUGAAUCCUUUGGGAAGAGGAGAGGUGAUGAAUGAAUUUAAUGGGAUGUGCAUAGACACGAUCGGAAACAAUGCGGUUGGAGGAAAAAUGGGAUUGUAUAGUUGUCAUGGAAUGGGUGGGAAUCAGUUUUUCAUCUAUGGAAAAGGCAUGGGGUUAUGGCACAAUGAUUUUUGCAUGGGCGUUUCGAAACCUGAAACGGGAACAAAAGUCGUGUUGUUUAAAUGUCGCACUGAAGAUGUGUUGCAAAAAUGGGAACAUACCAGGAACGAGUUUAUUCGACUAUCUGGUCAUAAUCUGUGUAUGGAGCCUACUGUGGAACGCGGCAUUGUAUUACAGCCAUGUACGAAUAGCGUUGAACAAAAGUGGACAUUUUCAUCUUAUCCGUAUUACGAGAACACUCAAUCAAGACAUUGACGAUACCGAAUGAAGCUGUAGUAUAUAUAUAUAGUUAGUAAUAUUGUUUCGUUCCAUGCAUCGACUUGAUGACAUCAAGUUAAUUGCAAAGUUCUAACGUGGAUUCGUUUGAAUUAUAGACCUUUAUAAAAAGUGGAUGUUGCGACGAAGCAUGUUUCUGAUUGCUUAUAUUCGUUGAUCUGGCCUAAGUGCC